UUUUGUCUUUCAGUUUGAAUUUUCAAUAAAUAAUUCUUUUAAUAAGUAUGAAUUAAAAUACUAUAAAAUAAUCAUUAAGUGCAACAAUAAAAUGAGUUUAUCCAAUUUGCAAAGAACCUGUGAUUGUGCCGAAGGUCAUGACGAUAUAAUUCAAUUUUUAAUUAGUAUCGUUGAUCAAACCUAUAACUACAGAGACCGAUAUUUUGAGAGCCACGGCAUAGAGCAUGCUAUAAAUAAAAACAGAGAUAUAGAAUUACUUAUAAAUCAAAACGUUGAAGUAUUCAGUAAGCACGAGAAGGCAGCUCUAGAAGAAAAUAAGGCCUAUUAUAAUUUUCUCAAAGGUAAAUUGCUCAAUGUUUACCCUACUUACUCGAAAGAAGCUGAAUUUUUUUUGUCAAAGGCAAUUAAAUUGGAUCCCAAAUUGCUGGAGGCUUGGAAUGAGUUGGGAGAGUGUUACUGUAAAAAUGAUGAUCUUACAAAGGCUAAAAGUUGUUUUGAGGGUGCAUUGAAAGAGAAAAGAAAUAAAAUUUCAUUAAGAAACCUCUCGAUAAUAUUAAGACAUGAAUCUUGCAAAAGUAACGAUGACAAAUUAAAUAAUAUCAAACAAGGUUUAAGUUAUGCCAAGGAAGCUGUACAACUUGACCCCCAAGAUGGAUUAUCAUGGGCAAUUUUGGGCAAUGCUCAUCUCUGCUAUUUUUUUGGUGUACAACAAAGUCCAAAUACUUUAAGACAGUGUUUAGGUGCAUAUACUCAAGCGGAAAAAGAUAUUGUUGCUAAGAGUACAUCAGAUUUGCAUUAUAAUAAGGCAAUCGCUUUCAAAUAUCAAGAAGAAUUUAAAUUAGCUCUAGAAUCAUUUCAUGAAGCGUCUCUAUAUGAUCCUACAUGGGAAACGUCUAGGAAUAAAGAACAACAAUUGCUAAGGUACUUGGAAGAAAUACAAGAUUUAGUUGAAGCCAAAGGAAAAUUAAAGCCUAAAAAAUUACAUCAAAUUUUACAGUCAAUAGACUCGAAGCAACUAGGUCCAUAUGGAGGAGGUUCUUAUACAUCUACUAAAGGUGAAACGGCUAAAUUAACAGAAGUUUCAUACGAUAGCUUAAAUGCUGGUUUAAAUGAAGAGAAGGUGAUAUUAGGAAAGGUUGUGUGUUCUGCCAGAAAUGAGGAUACUGUGCCAUUCACAUUUUGUUCGAUAGACAAACUAGGCACCAUAAUUGUAACAACAGUUUUCAAUCUGGCAGACGGAAAAGGAGUUAUUAUUGGAGAUUCUGUUGCUAUUCCAGAACCUUAUGUUACUGAUGUCGAUUUCAGUUAUAAAAACAAAAACUUUAAAUUUCGACUUAUAAGAGUUGAAACUCCUGUGAUAAUGGUAGUGAAUUCUAAGAAAUUAGGUGUAAAUCUUCAAGCUGGAGUGCAGAUGUCUAUAUCCCGAAAAUUUGACUGAAGCUUUCUUUUAUAUUAAGCGCUUUUUUUAUUAAUAUUGAUUUGUCACUGCUUUAAUUUUUUGUACUCUAAUUUAUUAUUUUUAGGAUCCUUCUAUGUAACUCUUGCAAUAUUUUUUUUUAAAAUUAUAUCAACUAACUUUUUGAAAAUGUAUUUUGAAUAACAACUUCUUGUCUAGAUAACUAGAUGGAGAUAUAAAACUCGUGCUAUACAUUCCCAAUGUUCGCAAUUUGACAAAAAUUCUCACAUAUACUGGGACACAUUUGCGAGUAUUUACCAAGUUUAGGAUGUAGAAUUUCAAUGCUUAUGCUAAGAACGAAACUUUUCCAAGAAUAAUGAACUACAUUCCAAGUUUUAUGUAGAUGACGUGCAUGUUUUAAAUUUCUAGUUUAUUCUUACACACAUGAGAACUCUAAUAUGUAUUAAUAAUUUAUUCUACCACCACUCGAAAGUAGUACCUACUAGUCCAAAAGGCAAUUGAGUCAUGGGCACAUUUUAUAUUGAUACAAAACUAAAAUGAAGCUAUUCAUAAAUAUUUUAUUACCUAAUACCCCUGUAGUUCUAAAAAACUCACAAUUAUUUUCAAGCUAAAAAUUAUAAAUAUUUUACCUAUAUUAAUGUAUAAAUAUAAUGUACAAUUUAAUAUUAAAUUUGUUUUAAGCAGUAAACUAAACUGACAAUAAAACAUUAACCUAUGUUGUAGGAAGCAUAUAAGCAUAAAAUAUAUCACAACAUUUUUAUCACAUUUUAAACAGGAACACUCUGGAUAAGCGUUUCCUAUUCUAUUAGAUAUUAAUUAAAAUGUCAAUAAUUCGAGCGGUAUUGCUUAGAAAUCUUCUUUGGUUGUGGUUUUUGGGUAUAAACUCUCCUAAAAACCAUCGACUAUAAAUUACUUUCCCACAGUUUCAAGUAAUUGUCCAAAACUUCCUCGAACCAUUUUUUCUUGGCUGCGUCUUCUAUUACUGCACUUAACGAUUUCAUCUCCAUUCCUAGGAUAGCUUCAUUUUUUAGUAGAU